AUGUUUAAAAAUACAUUUAUAUCCUUCAUCUUCUUAUUCAUUUUAUUCGUAUCCAACGCACAUUCUGUUGAUUAUUCAUAUACUAAUACCUUAAAUAGUGAUCAAAAUGGUACUAUCGAAGGUCUUCCAUGUCAAACAGACAAAGAAUGUAGCAUUCAAUUAAAUAUUUCUUCAAAUGGAUCUCCUGCGUUGGGUAAUUAUUUAUGUGCGCAAAAUCAAUGUAAAUUUGUUGUUGCCUCCGGCCAACCAUGUUAUGAUGCAUCGGAUUGUGCUGCCUACCACUACUAUAUUAAUAAUAUUUUCGAAAAAUCUCUUGAUAUUGACACUCUCUGUGAUGCACGUAAUGAAAAGCUCAACUCUCGGUGUGAUGAUGUGUGGGAUAAUUCAACUAAUCAUACCUUUAAAGAUCCUCAAAAAUUUUGCGGUGGUAUACCAGUGGGUGAAAAUUGCUCUUUGGUAGCCACAAAUGUUGAUCCAUGUGAUCAAUCUUCGCAAUGUAUUAAUUCAACUGAUAAUGUAAUGAUAUGUGAUAAUAAUAGUUCCAAAUCUAAUUCUGAUAUUCUUAUUGGUGUUAUAAUAUGCUUGGCUGGAAAUAUUAUAUUGAAUAUUGGUUUGAAUGUACAAAAAUUUGCUUUUACAAAAUAUCAAGAGAAAAUUAGCAAAGAUGUAAAUCGAGAAGUGGAGGAUAACGAUGCAUCAUUGUCGAAUGAUAAAAAAGAUACCAAUUUUGUGCCAGGAAGAUCAAGUUUAUCAGCGCCAAGUAAUAGGCCAGCAACUUCUCAUAGAUGGCAUAAAAAGUUUGAAAAGCUAACGUUUUGGAAACAGAUUGUAGUGUCUCCGCUCUGGGUAACGGGUUUAUCCAUCUACGUGGGUGGUACGAUGAUGGGUUUCGUGGCAUUAAAAUUUGCUCCUCAAUCUUUGGUAGCACCAUUAGGUGCUAUCUCAUUAAUAACGAAUUUAUUAAUUGCUCCCAUACUUCACAAACAAAAGUUAUCAUAUUCAGACACUAUUGGAGUUAUAAUUAUUGUAGGUGGAUGUGUAAUUAUUACUUUCGUACCGGGUGACACGAUUCAAGAUUACGAUCUAUGCGUUCUAAUGUCAAUAUUUCAACGUAAAGGCACUAUAAUUUAUUUAUCAAUAAUAGCAUGUUUCAUAAUUUCACUUUAUCUAUUUAUUCGGUUUGUUGAAAAAGUCAAACCUAAAACCGAGCAAAAUGUAUCAAAGAAAAAUUCUGUUUUACCAUCAUCAUCGAAAAAUGAUGAGAAUUAUUUGUCAAUGAGAGAUAAUUCCAAAUUCACCAAUGAUUACAUAAAUCUAACACAUCAAGAUUCACUCAAACGAAAUAGCUUUUUAAGUUCAACGUCAUACUCUAGUGACUCACACACUCCAAGUCAACACAUAGAAUUAGUGCAAGUAUUACAAGAUUCGGAUACAUCAAAUGAAAUUUCAGACGCUUCAAAUAAUAACGAAAACAUAAAAAAAUCAACGACACAACGGAAUUCAACAACUACAAUAACUUCCGUGAAAGAUGUGAAAGAGCGAAUCUUGUUACCAAUUGCGUACGCUAUUUUAGCCAGUAGCAUGGCUACCAUGACUACUUUGUUUGCCAAGUCUUUAAUAAAUUUGUUAUCAGAAUCACUAUUUCAUAAUAAUAACCAAUUCACAUAUUUUCCUUCCUGGAUAAUAUUAAUUAUAACUGUGACAACAGCAUUUGGACAAGUGUACUGGCUGAAUAUGGGAUUAAAAAAGUAUGAUGCUCUAAUCCAAGUCCCUAUAUUUUUUUGUAAUUGGACUGUUUUUGACAUUAUUGGUGGAGGCAUUUAUUACGAUGAAUUCAAAAGUUACAGCAUUAAAAAAUAUGGAAUGUUCAUCGUAGGAGUGUUGCUUAUUUUCUCCGGUGUCGGGAUAUUAUCCAAACGAUUGGCAAAUUUGUCAAAAGAGGAAGAAUAA